GACCUUAUAAUACCCCAAGAACCCACAACCACACAUUGCAAAACCACCCAUUCUCCUUGAAUCUUGCCUCCAAAAACUCUUGCCACUUAGCAUUCACAAUGCUCACCACAUCAUCACAUAGCAGGCACCACCAUGCAUUUGAGAGGAGCCCCAACCACAGCAUGAUGAAGAACAUAGCAGACAGGAACAAGCAUGAUCUUCUUCAGAGUGCCAUGAACCAUGCAGCAAGCAAGUACAUGCAGAGGAUCUACCCUCUGGGGAUCCAGAGGAGCAGCUCCAACCUCACACUCUCAUCACUCUCCCUGUCACAGAACUCCAAUGAUUCUUCACUCAGCAGCUCAAACUCUAGCUGGGAGCCCAAGGUGCCCCUGCUGUAUGGUGGCACAUUUAGCCCCUGGGGUGAUGUGCUUGUGUCCCUGGAGAGGAGGAGGGAAGAAGAUGAUGACAAGGUUAGUGAUCAUGAUGUUGAGGGGGGAGAAGAGGAUUUUGAUUGCAGUGAGCCUGGGAGCUUGCAUAGGUGCAGCUGGAUCACCAAGAACAGUGAUGAGGCGUACGUUCAGUUUCACGACGAGUGCUGGGGUGUCCCAGUGUACAACGACAACCGUCUGUUCGAGCUGCUUGCGUUGUCAGGCAUGCUCAUCGACCACAACUGGACUGAGAUACUCAAGAGAAGAGACAUGUACAGGGAAGCGUUCGCGGACUUCGAUCCCAGCACGGUGGCGAAGAUGGACGAGAACGACGUCGCGGAGAUCAGCGGCAACAAGGAGCUCAAGCUGGCCGAGUGCAGGGUCCGGUGCAUCAUCGAGAACGCCAAAUGCAUUCAGAAGGUGGCGAAGGAGUUUGGGUCGUUCAGCGGAUACAUAUGGGGGCACGUGAACCACCGGCCGACGGUGGGGAGGUACAAGCACCACAAGUACAUCCCGUUCCGGACGCCCAAGUCAGAGGCGGUGAGCAAGGACCUCGUCCGCCGCGGCUUCCGCCUCGUUGGCCCCGUCAUCGUCUACUCCUUCAUGCAGGCCUCCGGCAUCGUCAUCGACCACCUCGUCGACUGCUUCCGCUUCCCUGAAUGCCUCCACCUCGCCGACCGCUCCUGGGGCAUUACCAACGUCGCUGCCUAAUGACAAAAAAAAAAAAAAAAACCUUGAACUUUUCUGCCGCUCGCGAGCUCGACAGUGUUGCAAAUAGCUUAGCUGUGUUCAUUGCAUGUUGCAGCGGCCAGCAAAGCUGCUACACUAUACUAAAAUAUUGGGCGAGGCGGGUGCACCGUAGAUGCAGUAGUGCAGUUGAACAAGCCGAAGACUUUUGGUGUGGCAAAUCAAACCUCAAAUUCAAAUUCCCCCACUUGAAAAUUUCUUUUUGUUUGGUUUUUCACUCUGGGGAUUGGCGAUGCUUGGAUGUAUUGUGUAGUAGGGUAGGGCUAAGUUUUUUUUUUUUUGGUUGCUCACUCCCACUUGGAAAGUGGUGUAGUGAGUUGUUAGUGGAUGGUUUGUAAGAAUAAGUUAAGAUUUCCUUCUGUUUGGGCUUAACUGGGGUGUUGCAUGAGAAUGGAGCCCACAAUGAACUCACAUGUUCAGCAGAAUAGGUUGCUCCAUGUGUCAAUGGGUGGCAUUUCUCCGAAGAUUCUUGGUUUACAUUAGCCCAUUUUGUAUGAAUAUUAAGUGUUUACGUUUA